GCGCCGCAGAAGCGUUGCGAUAAAGCGGCGCGCUGAUCCGGUGUCCGUUCAAAAAGGCCGCCGUCCACCGCGCCUGACGAGCGCAAACGCCCACCGCGCUGAUUUCCUGCGUCGCGUUUCCCUUUAAGGCGCAGCGCGCUGCCUGGAAUUCACGUCACUUCGCCGCGAAGCGUCCGGAUCAAUGAGGUUCCGCGCUGCGCGCUGCGUCGCGCUCCUGCGAGCGACGCUUCCAGGAAGGUGUUAACCAUCGCGCUGCCGCAAUGUAGCGCCUGCUUGCGCCUUUACAAACAAGAACACGGAGAAGUUGAAGAAUUCCGCGCGGGGCGAGGCCAAUGGAUGCGCGAGCGCGUUAAAAUCGCCUGCGCGUCGCGAGGGGAACAUUAUUAUCCAGGCGCUUUAUUUCGCGGAAGAACAAGGGAGAGGAAAGUGGAAACAGAAGAACUUCCUGAAUUUCAACGAGACAUGUCCGAUUCCCCCUCGCAGGUCAUUAUUAAGCAGGAGAGGAGUGUUUUCAGUCCGUCCGCGAGCCCAUUGCCAAAUUCCACUUCCUCUCCCGGCCAUGUCCCGCCCUCUUCAGCCAACGCCAGGACAGAAGAGGAACCAACCAGACUGCCUGCACACCUGCGGAUGCAGCCGGUGUUCUGGAGCCGUGAGGAUGUGUGUCAGUGGCUGCGCUGGGCUGAGAGAGAGUUCGCUCUGCGGCCGAUAUCCAGCGCCAGCUUCCAGAUGAACGGGAAAGCCCUGCUGCUGCUCACCAAAGAGGACUUCAGAUACCGCUCUCCUCACUCAGGUGAUGUUCUGUACGAGCUCCUGCAGCACAUUCUGAAGCAGAGAAAGACUCACUCGCUCUCGUCGCCGUUCUUCCCCAUCGGCUCCUUCCACUCGCUGAACGACGCGCCGCUGCAGACACACAAACUCGAAGAAACGGUACGCCGGCCGCCGCGCGCCGCAGACGCUCAUUCCCUGCAUCCGCCGACCAUCGAGCUGCGCCAUCGCUCGCGCUCGCCCCAUCAUCCGCCCACGCAGCUGCGCUCAGCCGAGGACCUCCAGCAGGCGUCCGCACAGCUGCCCGACAGCAACCACCACCUGCCGGACGACGUGUAUCCGCUGUCCGUGUCUCCGUCUGCGGCUAACGGCCACUGCACGCUUCAGGAGGAGCCGCCGCCGCCGCGCGUCAUCCAGCUCAUGCCUAGCACCAUCAUGCACCCGCUGCUGAGCCCCGACUUCAGGCACGGACGCGGCACGCCUCAGGAGAACGGCCGCGAGGUCAAAGUUCAAGCGCACUUCGCCCAUCAGACGCCUCUCCAGCUCCCCCUGCAGGACGAGCGUCACUACCGCAAUCACAUCAUCAUGCCUGUCUCUCCGCCCGAGGAGCAGGCCACGCCCAUCGGCCGCAUCGCAGACUGCAGGCUCCUGUGGGAUUACGUCUAUCAGCUGCUGUCGGACAGUCGCUACGAAAACUACAUCCGCUGGGAGGACCGCGAUACCAAAGUCUUCCGCAUCAUGGACCCCAACGGCCUGGCCCGUCUGUGGGGGAACCAUAAGAACAGGACCAACAUGACGUAUGAGAAGAUGUCGCGGGCGCUGAGACACUACUACAAACUCAACAUCAUCAGGAAGGAGCCGGGACAGAGACUCCUGUUCAGGUUCAUGAAGACCCCAGACGAGAUCAUGAGCGGGCAGACGGAUCGUCUGGAGCACCUGGAGUCGGACACAGAUGAUCAGAUCUAUGUGAAGGAGGAGUGCUGAGCGAGCCGCUCCACAGCAUGAACUUCUAAAGCCGCAGAUGCCUCGGUCGGUCCGUCUGACCUUUGACCUCUGUGUGACCUCCAGAUCACGGAGGAUCUGCACUGCACUGCUCUCAAUCUGUCAAAGCCCAUCCUACUCGCUGUUUUUUAGUCUUAUACUUCAGCAAACUUCACGGUGACAAUCAUUUUAAUGACAAACAAUGCUCUUUUUUCAAAUCAGAUCUAGAAAUUGUUGGUGCAGCUUUUUUUUUCUCUUUGGUAAGUAUAUUGUACGAAGACCUGUUGCGAUUUGUAUAAACAUGGGAUUACUAGAAUGCUGGUGAAAAUGUGAUUCAAUUCUACAAUAAAUUUUACUGAGUGACACAGGUGUGUUUACUGAA